AUGCCGGGAGCGGUGCGGAAGCGGUGCGGAAGCGGGUGGGCGGCGGUGAGACGCUCUAGCCGCCACACCGCCUUCUCGUCGUCGCUUCCCCCUCGGCUCACGGCGCGGGCGUCGGCCCUCCUCGCUAGGGGGCGCACCGUGCCGGCAGAGUUGCUGGAUGCUUUUAUAGCAAGUGAAUUUCAGUCGGUUCAUGUCUUUGUUUUGCUUUUCAGUUACAAAAAUUACACCUUUGUGACAGUCUUUGGAAACCUGCACCAGGCUCAGCUGGGAGGAGUUCCAGGCACUUAUCAACUGGUCCGCAGUUACUUGAACAUCAAGCUGCCUGCACCUGUCCCUGGUCUCCAGGAUGGUGAGGUGGAGGGCCAUCCCGUCUGGGCACUGAUUUACUACUGCAUGCGCUGCGGAGAUCUGACUGCAGCCAUGCAUGUGGUGAAACGGGCACAGCACCAGCUGGGAGAGUUUAAAACCUGGUUUCAGGAAUACAUGAACAGCAAAGAAAGAAGGUUAUCCAUUGCCACAGAAAAUAAGCUUCGCCUCCAUUACAGACGGGCUCUGAGGAACAACACUGACCCAUACAAGAGGGCUGUUUAUUGCAUCAUUGGCCGUUGUGACAUUACAGAUAACCAGAGUGAAGUUGCUGAUACAACAGAGGAUUAUCUGUGGCUGAAGCUGAACCAAGUGUGUUUUGAUGAUGAUGGUGCCAGCUCUUCACAAGACCGACUAACAUUAUCACAGUUUCAGAAGCAGCUGCUGGAGGACUAUGGUGAAUCCCACUUUGCAGUGAACCAGCAGCCUUUCCUCUACUUCCAAGUAUUGUUCUUGACAGCACAGUUUGAAGCUGCGAUUGCUUUCCUGUUUCGGACAGAGCGCCUGCGUUGUCACGCUGUUCAUGUUGCUUUGGUCCUGUUUGAGUUGAAAUUGCUCCUGAAAUCUUCUGGGCAGAGUGCACAGUUAUUAAGCCAUGAGGUUGGUGACCCCCCUGGCGUGAGGCGGCUGAACUUCGUGCGGCUUUUGAUGCUCUACACCCGUAAAUUUGAAUCCACGGAUCCGAGAGAAGCUCUGCAGUAUUUUUACUUUCUCAGGAAUGAGAAGGACAGCCAAGGAGAGAAUAUGUUCUUGCGCUGUGUUAGUGAAUUAGUAAUUGAAAGCAGAGAGUUUGAUAUGAUUCUUGGAAAGCUGGAAAACGAUGGCAGUCGAAAGCCUGGAGUGAUAGACAAGUUUAAUAGUGACACAAAACCUAUUAUUAACAAAGUGGCUUCUGCAGCAGAAAAUAAAGGAUUGUUUGAAGAAGCAGCAAAACUGUAUGAUCUUGCAAAGAACCCUGACAAAGUCUUGGAGCUGAUGAACAAACUCCUCAGUCCCGUUGUGCCCCAGAUCAGCACUCCCCAAUCCAACAAGGAGCGGCUGAAGAACAUGGCCCAUUCCAUUGCUGAGAGGUACAAAGCUCAGGGGAUAAGUGCAAAGAAAUCCAUUGACUCCACGUUCUACCUUCUGCUAGAUUUAAUCACGUUUUUUGAUGAGUAUCACGCCGGUCACAUUGACAGGGCCUUUGAUAUCAUUGAGCGCCUGAAGCUUGUACCUCUUAGCCAGGAUUGUGUGGAGGAGAGAGUUGCUGCCUUCAGGAAUUUCAGUGAUGAAAUCAGGCACAAUCUAUCUGAGGUACUGCUUGCAACCAUGAAUAUUUUAUUCACCCAGUACAAGCGGAUGAAAGGCACAAGUCCUGCCACUCCUGCCAGGCCCCAGCGGGUGAUAGAGGACAGAGAUUCGCAACUGCGAUCUCAAGCUCGUGCACUGAUAACAUUUGCUGGAAUGAUCCCUUAUAGAACAUCUGGAGACACGAAUGCAAGACUGGUGCAGAUGGAGGUCCUUAUGAACUAGCAGAGAAGCUUUGGCUCAGGGCUCAGCAGCUGGGCCUGUUGGUAGUGCGUUUGGGGCUGGGACCAGUACCCUUUUGUAUUCUGUAUUUUUGUUGAUGGAAAUAAAUUUCUUUGAUUUCUA